UAUAUGUAUAAAUAUUAAAUAUGAAAGCAAGGUACAAUAAAAUUAGCCCAAGUUCGAUGUCCGUGGACACCUUCUUUUCCCUUUCUUUUUUCUAUCUUCUAAAUGAAAGGCAACUUUGUAAUUUAUUUUGUCGUCUUCUCUCUUAAUCUACGAGCUUUCUUGCUCAUAAAUGGCAGCCUCCAUUUUUUUUUUCUCAUAUCUUUCACUCUUUUCUCCAGUUUUGUAUUCGUUUUGUUUAAUAAUUCAUAGAUUUAGGUUAGAUUCUAAAAAAAUGGAAUUUAGUUACAUAAACGAGUUGAAAAUAAUCGUCGUGUUUCACUAUUAUGCUGACUAUGCGUCUUCCCGCCUUGGUCCUCCGAUUUGCUCCAUAUCGGCACGGUCAUGCUCCGACCACCGCCUACUCAUCCGAUUAACCGGCUACGCCCCCGCGUUUUCGAAUAGGGCAAUGGGAUAUAAGGAUUAAAUAUAAGGAACAUUUUUAAUAUCGAUUCAAAUUGGAUGACAUGCUAUAACGUCUGGAUUCUGACAUCACGUUUUUCUUCUUCUAUCCCCACGACUAUAACUCAGGAAUCACCGGACACAAGAUUUACACACAACAAUAUUAUAUUGAGUUUGUGUAAACCACGGCAUUAAGAUUCUUCACUAUUAUAUUGACACAUUAAAUAUGUAUAUCACACGCAAAAGCUCUUACCAACAAGUUAAUCGUUAAGGCCACCAUGGCCAUAUAUGUAUAGUGAUAUAUACAACGCAUAUUCCUUUUUCUUCUUUAAUUCAUAACUUAUAAUCUUCUAAUUAGCUUUGUGACGAAAUACAUUCAAUAUAUCUCUUUAUUAUUAAAAGGAAAGCAUUUUGAAAAAUCAACCUUUAAAUUGUAACUAGGAUAAGACAUACGAGUUUUUAUGAUAAAUAUUUAAAACAUAUAAUAUUGACAAAUGAUGUCAUGUCACUCGGUUUAAUUACGGCUUCGGUAUAUGUCAUGUCCCCGAUUCUCGAUAGGAUCGUCCGGACGGGCCAUGGUGCAAAGAGACGCACGAGUCAGGUCGAAAGACCUUGAGACAAGCGUAUCAUGGUCUAAAUUGAUGGUUAAGGAAGUCAUGCAGCUGAGACUUAACCUGGAUACGAUGGAGACAAGUUAAAUGGAGCUGGACGAGUGAUCCGAAAGCUAGGCGAGUUUCGGUUCAAGCUCAAUCAGCUAGGUGAAGCUUGGAGCUAGCUCACUUAGUCUUAGCCAGCUCACUGGAGCUGAUGGACUAGCUCACUCAGCUGGGGACAGCUGGUGACCAGAUCAUCUCAGCUUGGCGGAGUGUUCCGGUCCGGACCAGUGUGGCCGGGGCAGAGCGGUUACCAGUCCGUGCCGGCGGCUCAUGUGGGACGAUGGGGUCGUGUGCAGCCAGGAGCAAACCAAGGCUUGGGCAAAGGCCUGGGGGUUGGUUUUUGAUGGAGGAAACUGCCAAGGGAGCAGUUGGGCGGUUAAGGGCCGGUUAUGGGAAGUUAUAGGCGAAAGGGUGCAAGAAGAUAAGUGGCACCAUUUCGGCCAAUCCCUUGCAACCGAUCGCCCAAGGCAGUUACUGGUUCCUCUCUCUAUAAAUACAAGUCUCUGGGGUUGAUUUUGGGCAUCAAAUUCCUUAGGGAAAACUCUGCACAAAUCGUGAGAGAUAAACCAAGAGAGAGAGAGGCCGACAGCUUAAGGAGAAACCGUGUGGAGGCUUGAUCUGUUCCGGCGAAGGCUUGGCCGUGAGAGACAAGGCUUGUGAAGAUGGAUACCAGACAGAAGGAGAAAGAGAAGGAGAAGGAGGCGGCGCAAGGAGACCACACGCCUAAGGUCAGUGGUGUGAACCGGGAACCUAAGGCGGAUGGGUGAUCCGAUCGAGCCUUGGGGCCGAUCGUGUACCGGUUGCAUCCUUUCUAUCCUUUCAUCUUCAAAUCGCCUUCUCUCUUUAUAUGGUGUUGUUUUAUGUUUGAUCUGAUAAGGAGAGACUGAACCAAGGCCUUGACCGGUUCAGAAUCGGAGUCCUUGGCCUUUGGCCGGACUUAGGCAUGUUCGGAUACACCAAGGGAUGAUCGGAUGAUCUAGAUCGCCUUGUGUGUGAUCCGCUUGAGGCCUUGAUUGGGCGCGCCUGAUUCUCUUAUGAGUCUAAGUGUGGCCGCUUGUUAUAUGUUCUGAUUGGAUAGAUAAUGAGUAGAGAACUCUAGGAACCGAACCAUGCAAUGAUAGAUCCUUGUGUUAGGUUAUCUGAUUGUAUACUUGUGUGUUGUGAUGCGUUGGUUUUAGGUACUGACUUGGACCGUGGUAAAGGAAAUGCACUGUGAGGACUCCAGCCAUGGGAAGAUGUGUGGUGAAUGGGUCAUUCCUAGUAGAUGUGAAGUAUUGAUAGCCUAUUGUGCAAACUGUGAACUUAUUUAUUAUCUAUAAAAUGUCGAUUUGCCUUACUUGAUUCUGAUUGUCUAAGUAUGAUUGAUUAAACCUCAAAACUAUGAUAAAUGAUAAGAAAAAUAUUAGACACGGAAUGAGAAGUAAAGGAAUCAAACUAAGUAGGAUGGUUAGGUAAACCGCGGUCUGGUUAGAUUGAGGAAUCCAGGAUCGGGUCUUACAGUAUAGGUUUGUUUGGGUUUAUUUGGGUCUAAGAUAAUCUUAACUAUGCUCAACCCAAAUUAGUUUGAUUUGGUUCAGUUUUACUUAGGUUUGAUUUGUGUUCGAUUUGGUUUUAGUUUGGUUUGGUUUGUGUUUGGUGCGGUUUAAUUUGGUUUUAUUUGUGUUUGUUUAUUUCAAUCGAUUAGUUUUCUUUUUUUUAGUUUUGUUCUACUUCACUUACAAAAAUAUAAUUUAUAAGAACAUAAACAAAUCAUCAUUUGAUACUAGAUCAUUAUUUUCUUCACAUUUAAUUGUAGAGCUAAAGAUUUAAUCCUAUAAUUUUGUAUUACUAUAUUCAAACCUAAUAUAAGUAGAUUUUUGAUUUUGAUGUUAAUGUAUGAAAUUCAUAUUUUUUAUUAUUUUUUAUUGUGUUCAUUUUAUUCCUUUAAAAGUAAAAUGUAUAAUUUUUUAAUCGUUUAGGUUUUUUUUUACAUCGAAUAGAAACUUUUAAAAAACUAACUUGCAGCCUCUUUGCCAGCAUAAGGAGCCAACCAACUUGGUGCAAAGCAGUUGACGAAAGAGGAUCCAAAUACGCGUGAUCUUCCACCUUUAGCAAUAAUUAAAUUUAUUAAAUCUUAAUAUUAUUAUCAUGUUUAACUAAUAUAACUAAAAACACUUCGCUUCGGCUUGGUUCAGUUUAAAAUGAACCAGAAUGAACCAAUUUGAUUGAUAAAAUCUUAAUCAAAUAGUCUAGACAUAUACUUUGGUUUUUAAUCUGUUUGAAUUCGGUUGGGUCAGUUUGGUUUGGUUUGGUUCGUUUUUUUUGCCCAUACUAUUAACUAAUGUUCUGAAUAAUACAAUUGAAUAAAAAAUGAUCAAUUGUAUAAUAGCUUAAUAACAUCAAAACUAUACUAAAAGGAGCAAAAGAAGUCUUCUUAUGGCAUCCACAUCGGACAGGAAAUUCGAUCAAUAGGAAUGCAUCAUUUCAUCCAUGUCAUUUAUUAAGUCAAUUGGUUUGGGCUUUUGGUGGUUUUGGUAUGUAGUUUGGGCUGUUUUGGUGUAGCUUAUUUUCUGGAAUGAUGUGGAUGUGUUCUUCGCCACAAGCAGCUGUCUCCGUCUUUCGUAGCCCUAUUUUUUUCCCCCGUACCUUUGCGACUUCCAUCUCUUCCGUUUCUCACCUCUUCAAUUUCGUCUCCACCAGUAAAUCACCACUAACUGAAUCCUUGAUUAAACUCAUUCAAUGGAUUCCUUUCACCUUCUUCUCUGUUUUUCUAUAUAUAAAUCUCUUUUGCUACCUUAUCUUUCCAUCCAAGUUGAAAAGACUCUCAGAAACUCAUCCCGAUGGAAUCCACCAGCAACUCAUCCAUCUCCGGCAAUCGCAAAGCCAGCAAGAAGACCGUCGCCUCCUCUGCGACUGCGAAACCAAACGGGAAGUCCCCUGUUUCAUCUAGCAAUCCGAUGAACCCAAACACUGUUACCGCUCUGUCCUCCGCGCAUGCAAACCAAGUGAUGUUCUUCAGAGAUGUUUCACUCGGCCCACGCGAAGCCGAGUUGAGGUUUCGUCUGAUUCACUUAUGGGAGGCUCGAAAUAUAUGCACGAAAACCUUGAUUGGACAAGAGAUGCUCCUUAUCGACGAAGAGGUUUGUCAACGUCUUUAGCUUCCCUCUCUAUUUUCGUCUUGAAUCGUGUUUUUGAUUUAAUAUUAGUCGUUUAGAUAUAUUCUCCGAGUCUUGCUUUCGGUAGAUCUUAUUAAUUUUUUUGUGUUUCUGAAUUUAUAUUUGUCUAUUAGAUUAGUUCCCCCGAGUGCUAUUCUUGGUCUUGCUUUCAGUAGAACGUAUUAGUUUUUCGUGCUUCUGAUUUUAUAUUUGUUGAUUAGAUUGGUUUCUCCGAGUGUUAUUCUUUUUCAGUAGAUUAGAUUGGUUCCUAUGUCUGCUCUAUAUAUGUCUCUCUAUAUAUGUCUGCUUAAGUUUUCAAAGUGAUCUGAUGUAUUGUUUGAUUUAUAUUAAUCGAAGAUUUCAAUUUAUUUUCAGGGAACUGUUAUUCAAGGUUUUGUUCCAGCCGGUCAAGUAGGGACAUUUGAUCUGGUAGCUGGUUCCGUCUAUAAGCUCAACAAUUUUUUCGGAUCCAGGAACAAAGCUCAGUUCUCGGUUGCUGAUCAUAUCGCCAUCGUCUCAUUCAGUUGGAAUUCUGAUUUAUCCGUUCUUGAGAACCCUCCGGUUCUGAUUCCAGAAGACAGGUUCAGGUUCCACAGCUUCGAGGAGUUUAUGGCCAACUGUGAUUCCAAGGGUGAUCUUUACGGUAAGUCAUGUUGAACUAUGGUUGGUUUUUAUGCCUGAAUUUUUAGUUUAUAAUUUAUCACCUCCAAUGAUUAUUAUUCCGUUGAGUUUUGUUAACUAUUUAGAGUAUUAUUCUGUUGAUUUUUGUUGACUGUUUAAUUAUUCUAUCUCAGAUUAUGUUGGCCACAUGAGGCUGGUGAAUGGACAGACUCUCACUGACCAUACUGUUCUUGACGAAGUUGCCAUAGCUGAGAAGCGGCAUCUAUGUGUUCAUGUUCAGACACAUGAGUAAGUUUGUCCAUUUGUUAGUUGUUUUCGUUGUGUGUUAUAUUUAACACGUAAUGUUUACAUUUGUAGCGGACCAGUGAUGAAGCUCUAUCUAUGGGAUAAUGCCGCAUCUGAGUUCUGCUAGAAAUUUAAAUCGUAUGGAAGGACCCCACACGUUCUUUUGGUCACCACAAUGAACUCUAAGCAUCUUGGAGGUUAGUAUUUUAAUAAUAAAAUUUCAUGCUCAUAUGCAUAAAUUAGCUGUGGUUAAUUAUAUAGUUUUGAUUAACAUGAACCCUUUGUCUCACUUCUAUGUCAUCAUCUCGAGUGUUCAUGGAUGACGAUGUUCAGCCUAGCAAGGAUUACCUUGAAUGGUUGAGCUCCAACACAGGUAUUGCUAAUAGGAUUGCUGCUGAGGUAGUCACAAAGCCUGAGAAAGUGACUCUUGAGGAGCUAUUCUCCUACAUUAAGCAGGAAGCUUCUAAGGUUGCUUGGUUUGAAUGCACAGAAACUAUAGAUGAUGUUGUCCAGGGUUCUUCUUGGUAUUACGUUUCCUGCGGUGGAUGUAAUAGUAAGGCAGUUAAAGGCCCUACUUCUCUGAUGUGCAACAACUAGAAGUGUGAGAAGAAGGAAGUCACAGGCGUGCCUCAGUACCUCACGAAGAUUUCUGUUUAUGAUAAGAGUGAGCAAGCAGUUUUUGUCAUCCUUGGUAAUGCCGGCAAGGAGUUGACUGGGAAACAUGCAGCAGAAUUGGUUGCUAAUUUCUUUGAGGAGCUGACCAUUGCGUUCCGGUUCUGCAAGCUUUACUUGAUACAAUAGGGCAGACACGGAAGUUCAUCGUGAAAGUGUCGGACCAUAACUUGAAAGGCAAGACUCAGACCAUAACUGUCACAAAGAUAUUCCCACCAGAAGCUCCACUUCCAGCAACGUCCGAUGAUAUUCCGACGACUAGGGGUGAUGGAUCUGCUCCUUCCAGCAGCUUUGGAGAUCCUGCGGGUGAUAGGGCUAGAAAAGCUGCUGAUAAUCUUGAGUCAGACGAUGCCAAGCGUUCCAAGAGUGGCUAAUAUAGCUUCAACUUAUCCUCUUACUGUUUUUACGUUUCUAUAAAGACUUUGCCUUCUUUCCAUUUUAAUCUUCAGACUUUUGUCUUUUUAUGUUUAAGUUAUUCUGAUACAAUAUUCAUUAUAUGGUUUUUACUUAUCCCUUUAAGCAUCUACUUAUCCUAAUAUGAUCUUUUAUAUGUUUUUUUCCUAUCACUUUAGGCAGUUCACUUUAGAAAUAUACGAUUAGGAAUGUUGAUAACUUACGAUUAUCCUUGAACUUGGGGAUAAACAUCUGACAAUGUAUGCAUAAUCUAUUAGUUAUAACCGUAUAAGCUUCACUUACUGAUGUGUGGAUUCUAUUUUCAUCUCCCAAGUUAUUUUCAUGAUUUUUUUUUGAGUUUUUUAUUAAGUAGCAAUUAUAAGGAUGAUAUACGGCUGAUUUUAGUAUUGAACAGUUGAAUAGAUUUAUAUCAAAUUAUUUUUGAGAAUAUCUAUUAACCAUAUUUAUAAAAUCAUUGCUUUAAUAAAAGGCAAGUAUUCACGAGAAUCAAGCCCUUCUUCUUCUCUCUACAAAAAGCUAAUAUGCCUUCUCUAAAACACAAAAAAAAGACCUGCACAUUUUUUCGAGACCCAUAACUGUUCACGCAACCAGAUCUCGCCAUCUUCUUAAAAGUGUUUGGAUCUUGGACGAAAUGGGGAAACCACCUUCGACAAGCAAUCUGGACACCGGAAAAGCAGAAGCUUCGUCCAGAGUAACACAAAAAAGAAAAUGAGGACGUCCAAUCGGAUCACGUACGAAAUCGAAAGUUUGUCUAAUAAACGAUCAACCAACAUUCAAACCAAAAUUCUAUGACUGUAAGUUUAUAUGGAUUAUGAUAACAUUCUUUUUUGAAUAACUAUUUGUAUAACUAAGUGGGUUUCACAUUUAAACAAACAUGUGGCUGUGAUAUUUGCGACUCUUAUGGUAAGAAACGUUACUCCAGUAUCUAUAUCUUACCUUAUAUCCUGUUAAACUAAUUAUUUUAAAACAUAUUAGUCAAACAAAAAAAUGCACGUAACAUGAGAAGGGCUAUCUUGCUAUCAAAACGAACUUCAGCACUGUAACAAUAUGGCCAGCCAGGUCCACAUGGCUUGCGACACAGUCCACAAAAAAAGGUACAUACUAUAUAUUUAUUCUAAAUAAGAAAAAUAUAAGAACUUAGUAUAUAUUUGAUAAUUGUUAUUUUUCAAAUUUGACAUUUUUUAUUUAAUUAUAUAAUUUGGUGCAUAAAAUGUAUAUUGCAUAUACAUUAUUACUAAAUCUCAUAAAACAAGGUUAAAUGUUAAGAGAUUAUAAAGAUCAUUUCAUUAUGACUACAACCAAACAAUAUAAUAGUACUUUCUUACUUAUAUAAAAUGUAUACAUGUAAAAUAUUAAUUUAUACUUUAAAGUGACCAUAUAUUUACAUAAAUUUUUUUUAAAAAUAAUUAUUUUAUUAUUUAAUAGUUUUGUGUUAAAUUUCGUACCGGCCCAAACUUGGGACAAGCAAACUUUAUUAAUUUAUAUAAAUUAUUAAUUUAUCAAGUAUUUAGUUAUAGAGGUUGUACUGUAAAUCUUAUGAAAUAUUAAACUCAACAACAAUUCUUAGAUAUUAAACACACUAUGUGUUAACAAUUUCAAACUCAAUUUAAAUCAGAUAAGGGCUCCACAUCUAAAGCCGAAGAGAACCCAAUCGUUACAUGCACAAAAUGUGGUGCAUUAAUGUGGACUUCAGAGAGCACUGGGACGGACCCCAAAACAGGUGAACUAACAUUCACAAUUUGCUGUAACCAUGGCCAAAUAAAGCUUCCUCCGAUCAACCAACCUCCAGCCCUGUUAGAUGAACUUCUUCAUUCUAGAUGGUUUCGGAAUACUAUCCGAGUAUAUAAUUCUGUACUGGCUUUCACAUCAGUUGGGAAGAAAAUGGAUUAUGGUGUGGUGCAUGCGCCUGGUCCUUACACUAUUCAGAUCCAAGGUCAAACCCACCAUAGAAUUGGCUCGCUUAUACCGCAACAAGGCCGUCUCCCAGAAUAUCUCCAGCUUUAUAUAUUUGAUACCAGCAACGAAGUCAGAAAUCGGUUAAACGCGAUGGGUCAAACCUCAACAGAAGGUAAUCUUGAUGAGACAACCUUAACGCGCCUAAUCGAGAUGAUUGACGAGAAUAAUUGUUUAGCUAAGUUUUUUCGACGGGCACGUGACUACUACGAAAGCAACGGGAAAGAGUUUACUAUUAGGUUGCUCCCAGAUAAAGGGAAAGGGAAAGAGUACGAUCUUCCGAGUACGAGUGAGGUCGCAUGCCUUAUCGUAGGGGAUAUGUCAUCAACAAUUGGAGAACGGGAUAUAGUUGUCCAAUUCCAAUCUGACACAUUGCAGCAGAUACGUGAUGAUCACCCUCUAUACAUGAGCCUCCAAUAUCCUCUUCUGUUUCCAUAUGGUGAGUAUGGUUUUCACCCCGACAUCCUGUUACAUCUUGAGACAAGCACUUCAAGAACGAGGCAAUUCCUAACCCUACGCCAAUUCUACGCUGCCCAGAUACAAACACGGCUUAACCAAGGGAUGACAUUGAUUAAAGGCGGUCGUCUCCUCCAUCAAUUUGUUGUGGACGUCUAUACGGCAAUUGAAGAAGAUCGGUUACGGUGGGCGAGGAAUAAUCAUGAUGUCCUGAGAGCCGAGCUCUACAGUAAUGUACUCGAUGCUGUUGGCAAGGGUGACACUGAUGCUAAAAUUAUUGGCCAAAGGUUCAUACUGCCGCCAAGUUUCACCGGUGGGCCACGUUACUUAGUCGAAAAAUAUCAUGAUGCGAUGGCUAUUUGCAGAGUAUAUGGGAAUCCAAAUUUGUUUAUCACAAUGACGGAAAAUCCUAAUUGGAGGGAGAUUAAAGAGCAUCUUGAGAAAUAUGGUGGAGACUCUCCCAAUGAUAGACCAGACGUAGAAUGUCGAGUCUUUAAAAUGAAGUUAGAUCAGCUACUCAAGGAUUUCAAAAACGGAACUUUUUUCAGGCCAUACACAGCAGCUCUCCAUAGGAUAGAGUUUCAAAAAGGAGGGCUCCCACAUGCACAUAUAUUAUUGUGGUUGGGAAACUCUUCCAGAACAUCGAGUGCAGAGGAGAUAGAUGAGAUUAUUACAGCCAAGCUCCCAAACAAAGAAGAAGACCCAGAAGCUUACAAUUUAGUAAUAAAACACAUGAUCCAUGGACCAUGUGGUGACGCUAAUCGGAAGUCACCAUGUAUGGAGAAGACUGUGUGCACCAAAAAGUAUCCUCAACCGUAUAAUGAAAAUACUUCGAUUGAUAAGUCAGGGUAUGUAUUAUAUCGUCGGCGUCGGAACGAUGAUGCGUCUGUGGUAAAGGAUGGGGCAUUUCUAAACAACAACUUUGUUGUGCCUCAUAGCAUUAAGCUCCUGAAGAAGUACGAAGCUCAUAUUAAUGUUGAAUGGUGUAAUCGUACGAGUGCAGUAAAAUAUUUGUUCAAGUACAUAACCAAGGGUGUUGACAGAGCAUCCGCAGUUAUAGAAAAGGGGUAUACGGCAACUGCCUCUGACGCAGUGGCCUCUAGCGAACCAAAGGAUAAAGUUAUCAAGCAACAGAAUGAGAUCCAAGAAUUCAUCGAUGCUCGAUAUCUAUCAGCUUGUGAGUCUAUGUGGCGGACAUUUGCAUUCCACAUACACAAAAGAAAGCCAUCAGUUGAGAAGCUUAUCAUUCACUUAGAAGGUGAACAUAAUAUCACAGUUAAAGAAACUGAUAACCUCGGCCGUGUAAUUCGCAAGCCUGGUAUUGAGAAGACAAUGUUCAUUGAAUGGAUGGUCUUAGAAGGUCAGAGUUUGCACGAACGUUGACUUAUGUGCAAAUACCUGAAUAUUUAGUAUGGAACAACACUACCAAAGUGUGGUCUGAGAGUAGGAGAGGAAAAGCAAUUGGAGAAUCGUAGCGGUCCAUCCAUCAUCAGGUGAUCGGUACUAUCUAAGGAUCCUCAUAAAUAAGAUUAAGGGUCCUAGAAGUUAUGACGAGCUUAAAACGUUUAAGGAUGUGAAAUACCCCGACUUUAAAUCGGUUUGCCACGCACGAGGCUAUUUGGACAAUGAUGUUGAAUGGCACGAGAGUAUGUCAGAGGCUGCUAGAUCGGCUACCCCAUUUCAACUCCGAGAUAUGUUUUUAACAUUCCUGAAUAAUUGCUUCGUUACGAGCCCUAAAAAAUUAUGGGAACACUCAUGGAAGUCAAUGAGCGAGGAUAUACUUUACAAGAGAUGAAGGCUUUUGGGUCACGGAAAUCUAGAACUGGAUGAUGAGAUCCUUGAGCAGUACACGUUGAUCGAAGUGGAAAAGUUGAUGCGCAUGAAUGAACGCUCACUAAAUGAUAUUAAGGAGAUGCCAAAGAUCAAACCUGUUUUCCUAAAAGAAUUGGGGAGCAGUUUAUGGAACCAAGAAAUGGAUUACGAUGUUACUGACGAAACACUAAGACACGACAGGCAGUACAGCCUACUUAAUGCUGAGCAACGUGCAAUUUACGAAUCAGUCUUAGACUCUGUUGAUAAAAGGAUGAAAUGUUAUUCUUUAUACAUGGCGCAUGAGGCACAUGGAAAACUUUCCUAUACCAAACCAUUAUAUCCAGACUUCGCUCAAGAAAGAAGAUCUUUUUGCCGGUUGCCUCUUCAGGUAUAGCUGCAUUGCUCCUGCCUAACGGGAGAACAUCUCAUUCUCGCUUUAAUAUUCCUUUAAAGCUCUCUGAAGAUAAGCUCUGCAACAUCAAACCAUGUACAAUGCUGGCCGAACUAAUCGAGAAAACAGACCUCAUAAUUUGGGAUGAGGCACCUAUGACUUAUAAGCAUGCUUUCGAAGCACUAGACAAAACGUUGAAGGACAUAAUGUCUAAGAAAAAUCCACCCGCAAAGGAUCAGACUUUUGGCGGCAAGACAGUUUUGUUAGGUGGUGAUUUUAGACAGAUCUUGCCAGUAAUUCCACAAGGGAAUAGAGCUGAUACUGUCAUAGCUUCAAUAAGUCAUUCAUAUCUAUGGGAUAGCUGCCAUAAGUUCUCUUUGAAAACAAAUAUGCGAGUCAAUCAAGACGAGAAGGAGUUCUCUGAGUGCCUUCUCAAAGUCGGGGAAGGUCGCACACAAUCAGUACAAGAAGAUGAGGAUGAUGGCUACCAUGAACAGAUGAUAAUUGUCGACAACUCACUGGUUUGAGAAAUUAAGGAUGACUCUUUAAAAUAAGUUGUUGAUGCCGCAUAUGGAGAAUUCAAGAAGAUAAAGGCCUCCCGAAGCUCCUACACUGAUAGAGCUAUACUCACACCUCGAAAUGAAACAGUCGAUGAGAUCAAUGCAUACACAAUCUCCAAAACUGACGGGAAGUCAAGAGACUACUACAGUUACGAUAGCUUUGAGAUUUCAGACACUCAAUCUGAUCAAAAUGAUACAUUAUACGCGAUUGAGUAUCUCAAUUCCUUGGAAUUUCCAGGAUUGCCUUCUCAUAAGCUCACUCUCAAAGUUGGGGCCCCGAUUAUGCUUCUGCGAAACAUAAAUCAGAGAAAAGGAAAAUGUAAUGGUACCCGUAUGAUCCUAACCUACAUAGGCGAACGAGUGCUUAAUUAAGGCAGAAAUAAUCAUUGGCUCACACAUUGGAAAAGAAGUAUUGAUACCAAGGAUUGUUCUCUUGCAUGAUGAAACAAAGCUACCGUUCACUUUACAUCGACGACAAUUCCCUAUUAGAUUGUGUUAUGCAAUGACAAUCAACAAAAGUCAGGGGCAAAGUUUAAAAGAGGUUCUCCUAUAUCUUCCUAAACCGGUCUUCACACAUGGUCAACUCUAUGUAGCACUCUCACGUGUAACAAGCAGAACAUGACUAAAAAUCAUUAAAGGCGAAGAUUCACACCCCCAAAAAGUGAAGAACAUAGUCUACAAAGAAAUCUUCAACCGCCUUCGUUCCCAUGAGAUAUUUUAGCUAUCAACUGAAAAAGUCAAGGCAAAAACUCCUACCCUGAUGAUGGAUAUCUCACUACUAUCAAGCUCCCCAACUUGAAAAAUCUCAUCGCAUCUACACUUCCUCUUCGUAAAAAUGUCCACCAUCUUAUCUACGAUUUCCAUUUUUUUGUCCUAAGACCUUAGUAUCUGUUCUUGGUAACGAUAAUAACUUUCCUCUGCUUCUGCACAUGAGUUAUACCAAACUUUUAUUCCAUAACUGAUCUACUUUACUCUAGACAACCACAAAAGAUUGACAAAUCAAACAAUAAACAGAUCAAACAUCACCACAUAUGCGUUGGAAUUUAAAUAAUAUAAGCUACUGCUGAGCAAAACAAGUUGAUUACAUAAGCUACUGAUAAAUGCAAAAAUAAAGGACAUAACAAACGGGAUUUAAUAUAAAAGUUGAUGCGCAUGAACCACCAACAUUCCCAUUGUUUUGGAAAAUACAACACUCUCAUUCCAAAUUCUUAUUAUGAUGUUUAUUAACUUUAGGAUUGCUAAUUUACAGAGUUUCUACUGUACUAAAAAAUGCAAUAGAAAAUAAGGAAGAACAUAUUUGAUUACUAAAAAAUCUAUUGUAUGUCCACAUAUGUGUACAACUGACUAUAUAGAGUGAAAAACAAAUAGUUUCAUAAAAAUAGUUUCCUAAAUUAUAUAAGGAUUAAGAACCAACAAUAGUUAAUAGUUAAUUAAAAUCAAUGUAAUCUUGACUAAUAACCCAAGCACCAGCAAUGAUAUUUUACUAUAAAUUCCAUAAAUAUUUCUCAAAUUUUUAAAUAUAAAAUAACAAAAAAUUACAAAAAAAUAAUGAUUUGUAGAAAAAAUAAACAACUUAGAUGAAAAAAUCACAUUAGAGUAAUUUUCCCAUUUGGAAUGUUAGUCAUGCUAUUCAUUUUACAGCUCUAUGGAUUUUAAACAUAUUAUAAAAAUCUAACAUA